AAAAGUAUGGAAAACCUUAUACAUGGGAACUCAAAUCGCAUUUAAUGGGACUCCUCCAACACGAUAUGUUCUCUUAAUAAACGAAACAGGCAUUGACAUGACUGUGGACGAAUACAGUAAAGAACGAGACGGAAAGCUGAUUGAAAAAUUUCCUUCUAUUAAACUUAUGCCUGGUGCCAUGCGACUUGUAAAACACUUGAAAGCACAUAACAUUCCAAUAGCAGUGGCAACAAGUUCAUUACGCGAUUCUUUCGAGAUUAAAGCAACCAAUCUUCGAGA